AUGAACCCCUUGCCUCCCACUGUUGCCAACCUCUCCCUCCACAGUCAGCAUGUUAAAAUGCACAACCCAAAGCCCCGAGGUAUUCAACCAGUGAGACUGCACACAUCCUACCACAAUGCAGGAGUUCUUCUUGAGAUGGUAAAGGCUUUCAUCCCACCGCUGCUAAGCUCGGCUCACAAAGGCGAGUGUGGACGGAUUGGGGUUGUAGGAGGCUGCCAGGAGUACACAGGAGCGCCAUACUUUGCUGCUAUAUCAGCCCUCAAACUGGUGGACAUAGUGAACUUGAUCGAAAAUAUAGUUUCCCCUUUCCGCACUUAUGUUUACCAGGGAGCAGACCUGUCGCAUGUUUUCUGCACAAAAGAGGCUGCUCCGGUGAUCAAGUCCUACAGUCCAGAACUCAUUGUUCACCCACUUCUCGACAGUUCCAACUGUGCAAAGGAGAUAGAGGAGUGGCUACCACGCCUUCAUGCCAUUGUGCUGGGUCCCGGACUAGGGCGAAGUGUUGGGGUGCUGGAGAAUGCGUGCUCUGUCAUUCAGCAGGCAAAAGAGCGAAGAUUACCCCUUGUGGUAGAUGCUGAUGGCCUGUUCUUGGUGACCCAGGAUCCUCAGAUAAUUGCCGGCUAUGAUCUUGCCAUACUGACUCCAAAUGUUGCUGAGUUUGCUAGGCUGUAUGAAAAAGUGAUGGGUGAGCAACCUGUGAAGUCUGAGCCAAUUUCCUGUGUGAAAUCCUUGUGCUCCAAGCUUGGCAAUGUCACCAUUGUACACAAGGGGGAAGCUGACAUUAUCUCCAAUGGAAAAGAAGGUUAUACAUGA